AUGAUAUCAAUUAAAGAUCUUAAAUUAUUAAGCGAUAUAAGAUUUCGUCUCUUAAUAUUAAUAUUUCUAGCAUUAACACUCAUAACGAUAUUUUCAGCGACGAAUUCUGACUUUAAUGAUGUGCUAAUUGAAGUAAAUCUUAUAUUACCUGAAAGUCCUCCUGAUGAAGGUAAUGGAAAAAUUUAUAUUGGCGAUGAUGAUGACAAUGGUAUAAAUUACUUUUUCGACGAAAUGACCAACAUGAAGGAUGAAAGACCUCCAGAUGGAUACGUGGUAGAUUUGAAUCGAAUUGAUGAACAUUGUGAACCAGUUAAUUAUAACAAAUCAAAACUUAAACGUUAUCCAGUGCAAGAUUGUCUAGACUAUCUUGACAAAAAACAAUUUGAAUAUUUUAUAAAACCAGAAUCACCAAAAUAUUGUAAUGAAAGUGAUCCAAUGUUGUUUCAUGCUUUUUGGAGUGGAAACAUAACUGACAAAUUAUCUUUAUUUAUAAAAUCAUUUUUAUAUACUCAACCAUUAAAGUGCUCACUUUUAUAUGUUUGGGUUGAUUCUGUAAAAGAAGAUAUUCGAUCAAAUCAACAUGUUUUACCAUUACUUCGAUUCUUUGAAAAAAAUAUUGUGUUUAAAAGGUGGAUAACAGAAGAACAAUUUGGUUAUGAUCCUUUAUUCAAUGGUUGGGAACGUUUAUUACAAGAGAAUCGAAAAAUUGUUGGAUUUAGUGAUAUAGUCAGAUUCGCUUUGCUUCAUCGAUAUGGUGGAAUAUAUUUUGAUGUCGAUGCUCUUUUACUUCGAGACAUGAGUCCAUUCUAUAAUUUAGAUAUUGACUUUGCUUAUCGAUGGAGUAUAUGGAAACAUUAUAAUACGGCUAUAUUACGACUUCGUCCUAAUAGUACUGUGGGAAGAUUAAUUAUCGAUGCUGCAAUGAACAAUGAGAUUGACUUUCAUCCAAUGUCUAUUAGAACCUAUCUCUCAUCAAACAAGUCAAUAGAAUUAAUAAUGAGAGAAGAUUUGAACAAACAUCUUUACAUGAUGCCUGUAAUUUUAUUUGAUCCUUUAUGGUUGAAAGCUGAUUUACAUUAUCGAAAAAUUCCACUGAAACCAAACUUAUAUCGCUGGAAUGAUGCAUUUGAUUCAAAACUUGUAGAUAAUGAAUUUCCUGGAUUUAAGUUUGAUAAUUUAACCAAUCCAUUAAAAUUCAGACAUAAGAAUAACUUUUUUAGAGGUGCUUUUACAUAUCAUUGGCAUAAUCAGUGGAAAAAGAAAAUCCAUCCCACGUCUUGGCUAGGUGUAAUGCGAAGUGCUUAUGAUGCAUUUCUAGAGGGCAGGGAUUCCAAUCUAUACGGCGAAUAUUUACCAUUAUAA